AUGGGAGACAUGGCAGCCUCUGCAGACGGCACACACACACACACACACUCACUGCUCGCGCUGAAGGACGGGCCCCUUCCAGCCGCAGCGUAGAGGAAGCAGCUUCCUCGCCACGCUCGCAGAGUGACGGCGCUUUUCACAGGGGGGAGGAAGAUCGUCUCUGCAGCCAGAAAGCAGAAAUGUGAGGCAGUGGCCUCCUCCUGGUCCUGGCCGAGCCUUCGUCCUGCUGCUGGGAGCAGAUCUCCGACGACUGGAUGAUUGAAGAGGCAGCAGGAGCAAGCUCCGCGGUUUUGUUGUCGGGAGACAGAGGUGCCUGACGGGAGACGACUCCUCUCAAUGAAUCACUGCAAGAGCUGAGCCCACAGAUGAAAGCCAUGUCUGACGAGACGGAACAGAGGAUGUGUGACGAGGACUUCGGCUCGGACGAGGAGGGCGAGGACGCCGACGUGGAGUCCUACCUGGAGGACAACAGCAGCGAGCUGAUGGACCGGCUGAGGGAGCUGGAGGCGGAGAAUUCAGCUCUGGUGCUGGCCAAUGAGAAUCAGCGAGAAGCAUACGAGAGGUGCCUGGACGAGGUGGCCAAUCAUGUGGUCCAAGCUCUGCUCAACCAGAAGGAUCUGAGGGAGGAGUGUAUCAAGCUGAAGAUGUUGGUGUUUGACCUGGAGAGGCAGAAUCGAGCGCUUUGUGAGCUUUUUCAGCAGAAACUUCCCAACCAUCCCUCCACUACUCACUACCAGGUCCAGGCAGGACCCCUCCCGGACUACGCUGCUCAGCUGCACAAUGACUCGGCCAAAGCGGCGGAGCCUGCACAGACCGAAGCACAAGCCAAGGGAAAUGGGCUCCGGACACAGCACGCCUCCCCGGGCCCCCGGGGCCCCGCUCCCUCCAUGGAGGCCCUGUCCCCCUUCUUCAAGAAGAAAGCACACAUCCUGGAGGUCCUGCGCAAAAUGGAGGAGACGGACCCCCUGAAGUUCCACCCGUCCACCACAAGCCUGUCCUUCUGCGACUACAGCCAGGUGCUCAUGUCCACCGAGGCCGUCCUCACCGCUGACGUCCUCCCACUGCACACACACUGCCGCUGCCGCUGCUCUGACGCUGAAGCACACCAGCAUGUCAACGGCGACGGGGGGGCAAAGUGCGAGGGGGGCCCCAGCUGCUGCUUACACUGCAAGAGGAGCCCGGACGGCUCCCCGAAGCCCUGCACCCAUGUCUGUAGUCCUUCUAAAGCCCCCCCCGCCGCCCACAGCCAGGCCAUGCCUCCAGCUGCUGUGGUCAAAUGUCCCAAUAAGCACAGACCAGCAGAGUCUGCACCCCCAAAACAGUGUCCCAAGAAUGAAGGCCCCCAGCAGCUCGUGAGCGCCUCCUCCAGCCCAUCAGUCACACCCGUAGCCGGUCCGAGUCCCGACGCGAGAGGGCUGAAGCAGGAAGACCCAGACAGCUGUGUGAAUGUGAGCACCUCGGAAGAGCUAACUGGUUUCUGUGCUCCUUCCCAUCUGCCCGGCUCUGCUGAGGACAGGGCACAGGUGUCCCACUGCGACAGGGACGCGAGUGGCGGCGGUCGCAACAGCCUGCCGACCGUUACUGCCGCCGCGCCGAACGAGCCUUUAGCCAUCCCUGAGCAAGACGGCGCCUACCAGGAGGCUUCCACCGUGAGAGCCGGCGCCUCCGUCAGCCCCAGCCCAUCCUGCCUCAGCGACGUCAAAACCGCUGCCAUCAGCUCGCCGUCCAAACUGCUCAAGUUCCUGAAGAUUCCCUCAAUAGGGGACAAAUCUCCGGCUUCUAACGCCACCGUCCGUCUCAGCCCCCAGCUCACCCGCAACUCCAGGAUCCCCUGUCGCACCAACAACUACGAGGUGUACCACUCCCCGGUUCCCACCCGCAGAGCCACCACCACAGAGCGUUGCAGACCACCCCCACCUCCACCCGCCCGGUCCGAGUCCUACCCCACCACACACUCCGCACCAACCUCCCCUCCUCAGCCGGAAGACGUCUGCUCCCCACCCACCAAGGACAUAAGCUACAGUAGCCUUUCUGCUCCGAAAAACAGUGUUGGCUCAAAGAUGGAGAGUCCCUCCUCUGCUUCCUCCUCCUCUCCCAAAGUCUCUCAGAGGGUCCCUCAUUAUGAAAAUGUCUGUGAAAUGUCUGCCCACUCCAGAGAGGAAGAACCAACCCAAGGACUCGAGAAAAGAACCACUUUUCCAUCUCAAAUAAAGGCAAAUGGUAGCGACAGAAAACUUGUUAAAUCAUUACCAGAAAAUGUUCUGAAUCCAGCUCCUCAACGAAAGCAGUCCUCGUCAACAUCUGAGUCCACGUCGGACGAGGAGGACUCGGACAGCCCGGUGUGGGUCAAUCAUCACAGCCUGCCCCAUUCCUCCUCCCAGGCCAGAGCUCAAAGCAGAACCAACUACUCCAGAGAGCAACGGGACCCGGGUCUGCGAGAGGCGGCCAUGCCGAGUUCAGAGGUUACCCAGCCUCCACCUCCACCUCCAGCCAGGAGGAGCGAGUCCUCAUCCAUUCCCAAGAGGCCAACAAGUAGCACAGCCAGAGCUCAGGCCGACUCUAGUCAUCACACUUUUAAAGAUCGGCUGGCAGCACUGGGAAAACUGAGGAGCUCCGAGGAUUUACAAGCUGGCCUCACAGCCAGCCAGAGCAUGUACGUAGAGGACAGGAGCAAGACAGCAGAGAGAUCAGUGGAGGUCCAGAAAGAGGAGCAGAGACAUCUGAAACACAUCGACUUAUCAGAUAGCAAACCUAAAAGUAGCAUUGGUGGUCUGAAGUAUCUGGGGUCGUCCCAGAUGUAUGACCAGGCGGCGAAGUCUCAGUCUGAUGUGGCUAAACAAGAACUCUGUGUGAAACCAGAGAGCUCCAAAAGCAAAAUAGGGUUACCCUCUCCCAACGCCGAUGCUCCCCAGGUUCUACGCAACAACAUCAAGUGUCCCGGCUCUCUGAACCUGGCCUACAGCGUGAAGCCUGGCGUUGGUCCUCACAGCAGCAGCCCCAACAAGAUUCCCCCAAAGUCACCAUCCAAACCUGGUCCGGGACCAUCAGUCUACAGAGGGGGAAAGCCUUCAGAGGCCCCACGGUAUUCGUCCAAAUCAGAGGAGAGGACCAAGAUCAGUGGAAAAGGAAAGAAGAACCCGAUGUACGGGGACAGCCUCCCCCCGCCUCCUCUGAGACCGCCGGCGGAGGGAGAGAAGCCUCUGCAGCCGGGCCCGAGCCCCCAGUCUGCCAUCGAGCAGAAAGUGAUGAAGGGCAUUGAGGAGAACAUGCUGAAGCUGCAGGAGCAGGACAGAGGAGGGCCGGGGGCAGAGGUCAAGCAGAAAGCAUCCAACGGCAUCGCCAGCUGGUUCGGCCUGAAGAAGAGUAAACUGCCUGCUCUGAGUCGCAAGACCGACGCCGCCAAAGCCAAGGAGGAGAAGAAGGAGUGGAAGAUCAACAUUCCCUCAGUGGGCAGGGACUCUGUGAAAAUGGCCACAAGGUGCAAGGAGGGCGUGGAAGGCCUGAACAUCUCCACGCUGAUGGAGAAGGCCGAGGGCCUGCGGAGGGCCCUGGAGGAGGAGCGGGCCUACGUGGAGCGGUCCGGCAGGGGCCACUCCUGCGAAGUGGUGAUGGACCAGGCUCAAGGGCAGCUGGCUGUCAUGUACAGAGGAGCUCGCUCCGACAACUUCAUGCAACAGCUGCUGAAUAGAGUGGACGGGAAGGAAGUGAUCAGGGUACCUCAGCGCCGGCUGUCGUUUGACUGUAAGACCUCCAAGCCGGUGUUCUCCCUGCAGAGUGACGCCAGGAGUCACACCAGCAGUCACCACCAGAUGGAGAAGGGACCAGAUCGAAUGGGGCAGAUCACAUCAGAUGAAAACCUCGCAGAUUCAGUUCACCCCCAGCACUUUGCAGGCUCCGGCGCCUCCACCUACACUCUGGACAGCGGCAUCGGCACCUUCCCUCUUCCAGACUGCAGCACAGGCCCCGCCGGGCGGAGCGUGUCCAAGAUGAGGGCCGCGGCCGAGCAGCAGUCCGCCGGUUCCCCCGGGAGGGGCGGGCGGCGAGCGCGCACUCUGGAGCGAGACCUGACGCUGCAGGAGGAGUGCUACGAGCCACACAAGCAGCUGCUUCCCACCGUCCAGUAUGGCUCCGCCCCCGAGGGGAGGAGCUCGGCCGGCGGCGUCCAUGAAGACCAAGAGGCCCAUGGAGUGAAUAUGUUCUCCCCUCGCUCCAAGACCUGGACUUUCCCCAACCUGAAGACCCCGGCCGGCCCGGCAGAGGUGUACCUGGCUGUUGAAGAGGAGGAGGAAGAGGCGGUCCCCUUCGGGUCCCCGUUCAGGGGGAGCGUGAAGGCCUGCGGCCCCUCCUCCAGCCGGGCGGCGGACCCGGGCGGCCUGCCCGUCCCGGCCCAGUCGGGCGCCGGCCGGCGAGGGAAAACGCGCCCCCCCCGUGCCGAGGUGAGCCGGGAGGCCGGGCUGGAGCUGCUCCGGGAGCGUCCGGAGGACGGCCUGUCCCCGAGCCGGCCCCAGGUCCCGGAGACGCCCGAGUCCCUGAGCGACUCUCUCUACGACAGCCUGUCGUCCUGCGGCAGCCAAGGCUGAGGACGCCUCCCGGGCGCCGGCGGGACGAGGAACGCUGGACUCAUCUCGUCUCCUCAGGAUUUCUAAGAAACAUUCAGCCAGAAGCGACGCCGCUUUUCCACAACCAGACUUCAGUACUUGAUCCAGUGGACCAGACUCCG